GAAGCAGAGCUGAGCUUCCUAAUAUAAACAAACCCACAGAAACAGAGGAAAGUUGGAGGAGAGAGAGAGAGGGGGGAAAUCGGAGACGAUGGAACCGAAGAAAGUGGGGAUAAUUGGAGCUGGAAUAAGCGGACUAGCGGCCUGCAAAUUCACUUUAUCCAAAGGAUUGAUUCCGAUAGUAUUCGAGGCCAAAGGCGACAUUGGCGGCGUUUGGACGGAGACGCUGGAGACGACGGCGUUACAGACGCCGAGAGAGAUGUUCCAAUUCUCCGAUUUCCCUUGGCCGAAAUCGGUGACCGAAGAAUUUCCGAGAUAUAAUCAAGUUCUAGAUUACCUCAGAUCUUACGCGGAACAUUUCGGAUUGUUGAAGCACAUCAGAUUCAAUUCUAGAGUUCUUAGUAUCGACUACGAAGGCUGCUCCGAUGAGGAGAUGGAAGGCUGGACUCUCUGGGGAGGCUCCGGCAAAGCCUUCGCUGAAGGGCGUAAAUGGAGGCUCAAUGUUGUUGAUGAAACUAAUGGUGCACUCCAGGCAAUCGUGGUGGACUUCGUAGUACUCUGCAUCGGAAGAUUCUGCGACGUUCCAAAUAUCCCCAAAUUCCCUUCCAAUGAAGGCCCCGAAGCUUUCAAAGCCGGUAAAGUUCUUCACUCUCUCGAAUAUUCCGCCAUGGAUUUCCACACUGCUUCCAAUCACAUCAAAGACAAACGAGUCACCGUCGUCGGUUUCCAGAAAUCUGCUCUCGACAUCGCCAUGGAAUGCGCCAAUGCCAAUGGCCCUAACAAACCCUGUACUGUGCUCUACAAAACCGAGCAUUGGAACCUUCCUAAUGACCAUCCAUGGGGGAUCCCUCUGUCUUUUCUCUACAUGAACCGAUUCGCCGAGCUUCUGAUUCACAAACCUGGCGAGGGUUUCUUCCUUUAUCUCCUUGCCGUUCUUCUUUCCCCAAUUAGAUGGUUGUUCUCAAAGAUUGUAGAAACCUACGUGAUUAAAAAGCAUAGAUUAGCUAAAUACGGGAUGGUGCCAAGCCAUAGCUUUCUACAGAGCAUCAGUGCUUGUUUUAUUGCUACAUUACCUGAGAAAUUCUAUGACAAAGUGGAUGAAGGAAGCAUUGUUCUGAAGAAAUCGCAGAGUUUCGGGUUUUGUGAAGAGGGUAUCAUGAUCGAAGGAGAAACCAAACCAAUUCACUCUGAUUUGGUCAUUUUGGCUACUGGAUACAGAGGCGAUCAAAAGCUUAAACAAAUAUUUGCUUCCUCUACUUUUCGAGAUUACAUGACUUUUCACGAUUCCAUGAUUUCCUUGUACAGGCUAUGCAUUCAUCCCAGAAUCCCACAGCUAGCUGUGGUUGGAUUUACAGAGAACUCUUCAAACUUGUUCACCUCGGAGAUCCGGUGUCGAUGGUUGGCGGAGUUUAUGGAUGACACGUUCAAGCUACCGAGCAUCAAGGACAUGGAGAAAGACAUAGUCAACUGGGAGAAGACCUUGAAGCAAUACUCAGGGCCUUUCUUUAAGCGAGCUUGCAUUGCCAUUUUGCAUAUUUGGUAUUGCGAUCAGUUGUGUAAGGACAUGGGAUGGAACCCCAGGAGGAAAAAAGGCUUCUUUGCUGACUUGUUUCUUCCUUAUGGCCCUUCAGACUAUGCUUCCCCUUGAAGAUUAGGAAAGUAUAUACUUUCUCAUUUCUCUAUCAUAUCUAAUAAAAGUUGCAGUGCUAUUUCCAUUGCCCUAAUAAAACCAAUAUUAUUUCAAA